GUACCACUGCAGCAUCAGUACAAAAAAAAAAAGGAUAUUCAGGAGACAGACUUCGGAGGAGGAUGAAGAGAUAAUCAACCUGGAGACAUCGCGGAGCACUAGGAGAGACGCGCUUCACCUGCAGAGAGAGAGAGGGACAGACAGACAGAAGACGAGAGGGGAGGUGCUCCCACACGCGCUGAGUUAACUCAAACAAACACGCCCCCCCCCUCCCUCAGAGGCGUUCCCUGGAGCGAGUCCGGCCUGCCUGUGUGCGUGUGUGUGCGUGUGUGUGCGUGUGUCCUCCAGAGGGGGAGGUUGUUUGUGCGUGGGCGCGUGUUGCUGAGUGAGAGGGCGUGUCCGCAGCCUUUGAUGGGACAUUGAGAGAUGCACACCCUGCAACACCGCUGGACGGCCUGUAGGGGGAUCCUGGCCCCCCUGCUGGCCUCCCUGCCCCUCCUGCUGCUGUCCUGGCCGGCCCCCGCCCACGGGGCCAUCUACAUGCCCAUACACUAUAAAGUGGAGAACAUGUCCCAGCCCCCAGUCCUCAUAGAGUUCCCCAGGUCCAUAACCGCCUUCCAUCCAGACGACAUCACCCUCCCGUGCAGGGCCACGGGCAUCCCCGCGCCCACGUUCCGCUGGGUGAAGGACGGCCAUCAGUUUGGUGAGGAGCUGAUGGGCAAUGGGACUCUUUUGGGGGCAGGGGUGAAGCCGGAGGACAUCAAUGACUAUGAGGGCCACUACCGCUGCCUCGCCUCUAACAUGCUGGGGACCGCCAUGACCAACACCGUGGAGCUCAUCGUGGAGACCCGCCCAGUGCUGCCCAAACAGGAUAAGGUGAGCAAGAAGCUGAGAGAGAGAGAGAGCCUGGUGCUGGAGUGCAACCCUCCCAAGAGCUCCACCCCCCCGCUCAUCCACUGGAUGGACAAGAUGAUGGUGCACAUCCAGGAGAGUGGGCGGGUGGUGGUGGGUCUGGAUGGGAACAUGUACUACGCCAACGUCGUCCUGGAAGACAGCCGGGAGGACUUUAUCUGCAACGCCUACUACAGCGACGCCCGGACCAUCCUGCCCCAGGAGAAGAUCUCCCUCAGGGUCACGCCCAGUAACGACGGGGUGAGCCAGAGGAAGCCCCGCCUGUUCAAUAAGUCCCCCCACCACCACACGGCCGUGCUGGCCCUGCGGGGCCACAGCCUGGUCCUGGAGUGCAUCCCCUCCGGCUGGCCAACGCCCAGUGUGUCGUGGCGUAAGAAGGACAGCCGUCUGGAGACCACCAGUGCACGGGAGGAUAAGUUUGGUCGCUGGCUGCGGUUCGACUCCCUGGGCCAGGAGGACGACGGCGAGUACGAGUGUCAGGCCAACAACACGCACGGCGGCACGGCGCACGGCUUCACAGUCACCGUGGAGGCCGAGCCCUACUGGGUGGAGACCCCUGAGAGCCUGCUCUACACCCCGGGGGAGAACCUGCGUCUGCACUGCCAGGUGGACGGCAUCCCCACCCCCACCAUCACCUGGAGCAUGAACGGAGUCCCCAUCAAAGACGUGGACCUCGAUCCGCGCCGGAGCGUGUCGCAGGGCGUGUUCAUCCUGAGGGACGCGGUGCUGGACGACACCGCCGUGCUCCAGUGCGAGGCCAGCAACAAGCACGGCAGCAUCCUGCACAACACCUUCAUCUACGUCGUCGAGCUGCCCCCCCAGAUCCUGUCCUCCGAUGCGGUGGUCUACACCACAACUGAAGGAAAGGACAUCAACAUGCAAUGUGAAACAUUUGGAUCUCCACUGCCACACGUCACAUGGGAGCGGGACGGGGGCAUGUCCCUGCUGACUGACCAGCGCGUCUCCCUGCUGACCGACGGGACCCUGAUGAUGUCCAGCGUGGAAAGCGAGGACAGCGGGAGAUACACGUGCUCCAUCCAACACACCAACAUCUCCAUCGACGCCUACCUCACGGUGCUCAACCGUACCAUGAUAGUGUCCGGCCCCCAGCACCUGCGUCCCCUCCGAGGGACGGACGCUCUGUUCAACUGUGUCUUCCAGACCGACACACAGCUGUCUGGCCCCCAGGUCAUCUGGAAGAAGAAAGGCAACAAAUUGCAGGAGACCCCAAACAAGUAUAUAGUAUUUUUGAACCACACCCUGAAAGUGGCCAACGUCCAAUCUGAUGACAGCGGCGAGUAUUCCUGUGAGGUCAUCACCAAAAUGGACCAUGUGCACGCCACUGGUUUCAUCACUGUAGUAGCCCCCCCCGAGCCCCCUAAGGCUCUGUCCCUGUCGGAGCUGGAGAACCGCAGCCUGACCCUGAGUUGGAUCCCGGGGCACGCCCACAACAGUCCCAUCACCGAGUUCAUCGUGGAGUCCAGGGAGGGGACGCCCGAGGAGGAGGCCCCGUGGAGGGAGAUGAGGAGGACCUCCGGGGACGUCUCCCACCUGGAGCUCCUCCUCCAGCCCCACUCCACGUACCGCUUCAGGGUGCUGGCGCUGAACGCCAUCGGCCCCAGCCCGCCCAGCCAGCCCUCCCCCGCACACAGCGCGCCCCCCGCAGUCCCUGACUCCAACCCCGGCAAUGUGAAGAGUGAGUCCAUCGAUCCCGGCACCCUGAUCAUCACAUGGGACGAAGUGGACAAGCGGCUGCACAACGGACCAGACUUCAGGUACAAGGUGUUCUGGAGGGAGGGCCGGAUGGGCCACUGGAACCACGACGAGGUCGUCGGCCCGCCCUUCCUGGUCAAAGACACGGAGACCUACACGCCCUUCGAGAUCAAGGUCCAGGCCGUCAACUCCCUGGGGGGCGGCCCGGAGCCCGCCUCCGCCAUCGGACACUCUGGAGAGGACGUUCCCGAGGAGGCCCCAGGAGACGUCAGCGUGCUGGUGGUGAACAACACGGCCAGGGUGAGCUGGAGCGCACCGGGGAGAGUCCAUGGGAAGCUGCUCCGAUACCAGAUCUCCCUCCGGAGGCUGGGCCCCGUGGUGGCCCGGGGCCGGCGGGAGCUGGCCCGGGGCCGGCGGGAGCUGGCCCAGGACCAGCCCGACGGUGGUGAGGCGGCGCGGGGGGACGGAGAAGGGGAGGUCACGGUGGUGAUGGUGGACGGAAACAAGACCUCGGAAGAGGUGACGGGGCUGCGCUUCUAUUCGCAGUACGAGCUGUCUGUCAGCGCCUUCAACAGCAAGGGGGAGAGUCCCGCCUCCACCCCGCACAGCUUUAGCACCCAAGAAGGAGCUCCCGGAAUGCCUGCAUCCAUGACCUUUGAGAGCCCCUCUGAGACGGAGCUGAUUGUCCACUGGACGUCUCCGGAGCGACCCAACGGUCGGCUCGAGGGCUACGUCCUGCACUACCGAGACGAGGUGGAGAACAGCCCAGAGAAGGUGGUCCUCAUCCCUGAUGACGUGAACCAGCACUACCUCGGGUCCCUGAAACCACAGAGCCACUAUGUCUUCCGGCUGAUGGCCCGCACCGCUGCUGGCAUGGGCCCUCCUCUGACGGGGAAAGGGCACACCCUGCUGGACGGAGUUCCUCCAUCCAACGUCUCCCUGGAUGCCGGGGAGCAGACCGUCAACCUGAGCUGGGUGCCCAGCGACGAGCACAGGAACCACGGCUUCACCUUCCUCUACAGUGGGAAGGACGAAGGGGCCGGCUGGGAGCAGUCAGAGCUGCUGAACUCCACGCAGGGUUUCUAUUCGCUGACCGGCCUUCAACCAGGGACUCGGUAUCGCUUCCUCAUCGAGAGUGGCGGCGUGACGCUCUGGAAGGAUGUGAUAGAAACCAAACGCCCAGGGCUGUCGGAGGUGUCCGGAGGGUUCGCCACGCAGGGCUGGUUCAUCGGCCUGAUCAGCGCCGUGGUGCUGCUGCUGCUGCUGCUGCUCAUCCUCUGCUUCGUCAAGAGGAGCAAGGGAGGCAAAUACGCAGUGAAGGACAAGGAGGACGGCCAGGGGGACUCUGAGGCGCGUCCGAUGAAGGACGAGACGUUUGGGGAGUACAGAUCGCUUGAGAGUGACGCCGAGGAGAAGCGCUCGGCCAGCCAGCCGUCCCUGUGCGUGGCCAGCAAGCUGGGCAGCGACGACUCCCUGGCCGAGUACGGGGACAGCGUGGACAUCCAGUUCAACGAGGACGGCUCCUUCAUUGGCCAGUACAGCGGGCGGCACCCUCCCCCCCACGGCAACGAGAGCUCCGGGCCCGCCUCCCCCCUCGACCCCGCCCCUCCUCCUCCCAUCGCUCCCGCCAUGUCCACCGUCCUGAACCGACCCAGCUAGAUGCAGACACACACACCCACACACACACACACACACACACACACACACACACACACACACACACACACACACACACACACACACACACACACACACACACACACACACACACACACACACACACCUUACUGCCUGCAACAAGACACUAUGAGGGACAUCACUCAUAAAGGUCUGACUCCACUGCCCGUGACAACAAUAAC